CCGCACAGUAAAUAUUUGUAUUAGCCGGAGCCGGCUCGCUAAUGGUGGACGCGUGAGGCGGAGGAGCGCGCGGCGGCGGGAGGCCGGAGCGGGCAGGCGGCGGUGGCGCCAUGUCCGUGAACAUGGACGAGCUCAAGCACCAGGUCAUGAUCAACCAGUUCGUGCUGACGGCGGGCUGCGCGGCCGACCAGGCGAAGCAGCUGCUGCAGGCGGCCCACUGGCAGUUCGAGACGGCCCUCAGCGCCUUCUUCCAGGAGACCAACAUCCCCUACAGCCACCACCACCACCAGAUGAUGUGCACUCCUGCCAACACCCCCGCCACACCCCCCAACUUCCCUGAUGCCCUCACCAUGUUCUCCCUUGCCGCUGAAGUCUUGACUGUGGUGCCCCCAGCUUGA